UGCACUCACAUGCUAUUUUUUAAUAAUAAUUUUGUCUAUUUAUCAUAAGCUAUUUUUAAUCAUAUAUACAUUUUAUUAGACUAUCUCUAAUGAAUCUUUCUAUGUGUCUAUUAUAAAAUUAAUCGUUUAUAUCUUUAAUUUUCCAGUUUAAACAUAUAAAAUUCGCGGAAGAUUCGCACUGGACAUGCGAGAUUAGCGUCUCGGUUUCCCUGGCGACCAGGGCAGAGUGGGAAAAGCUCGUUUUGCUCGCGAUUAAAGUUUGGACAGCACUUAUCAAAAGAAGUGAAAUAUCUUUGGAAUGGAGCUUAAAUGUAAAGUGCAAACUUACGACUGGGGAAGAUAUGGUAUUGAUAGUACUGUUGCAACCUUAAUAAAAUCUUCUAAUUCAGAUUUUGUACUGGAUGAAAAGAGACCAUAUGCUGAACUGUGGAUAGGUACUCAUCCCAAUGGUCCUUCAUAUAUAAAAAAUUUAAAUAUAUCUUUGGAAGAAUACAUAAAACAAAAUACUAAUGUGUUAGGAAAUGAUGUACAAAAAGUAUUUGGUCAACACUUACCAUUUCUUUUUAAAGUGUUAUCUGUGAAUAAAGCACUAUCUAUCCAAGCACAUCCAGAUAAGGAAAAAGCAAGAAAACUGAAUCAACAACAUCCCACUAUUUACAAAGAUGCAAAUCAUAAACCAGAACUUGCAAUAGCAUUAACGCCUUUUGAGGCUCUUUGUGGCUUCCGUCCAAUCAGAGAGAUACAAGAGUUUUUAAAAAUUUUACCUGAAUUACGUGCUGUAAUAGGAGAAGAUAAAGUACUUAAAUUUAUGACAACAGGUGAAGCAGACAAUACAGAAUCUUUGAAAACAUGUUUUCAUAGUCUCAUGACUUGUGAUCCUGGAUUAAUUGCAUUGCAACUUAGAAAAUUACUUGACAGACUAUCUAAUUUGGAUGAAUCAUUAAGACAAACUUUACAUGCUAGUUUACUGGAAAGACUGUAUUCAGAUUAUCCAGGAGAUGUAGGAUGUUUUGGCAUUUAUUUUUUUAAUUUUAUAACUAUGCAGCCUGGUGAGGCUAUAUAUCUUGGACCAAAUGAACCACAUGCAUAUCUUUCUGGUGAUUGUGUGGAAUGUAUGGCAUGCUCUGAUAAUGUAGUGCGUGCAGGAUUAACUCCUAAACUAAAAGAUGUGCCAACAUUAGUUGAAAUGUUGAGGUACAUUUGUGAACCAAUUUCUGCAAAAAGAUUUCAACCUUCUCGGGAGGACGAAUGUACCGAAGUAUUUCGUCCACCUGUAGUAGAUUUUGCUGUUGCUAAAAUAACAAUUCCUCCUGGAAGAGCUUCGUAUAAUAUAAUUCCAAGAAGUACAGCGAGCGUUUUAAUAAUUAUAAAUGGAAAGGGUGAAAUUUCACCGUCGAAGAUUCUUUAUCGAGGUUCAGUUAUAUUUAUUCCAGCAGAUGAAAAAGUUGGAAUUAAAGUUUUAUGUGGAUGUCAUCCAAUGUUGAUGUUUCAAGCCUUUGUUAAUGUUUGAAGAGAAUUAUCGGAUGCUUAGAAAGAAAUGUGAUGAAAGAAAACGGUAAAUUUGCAUGCACAAAGUAUUAAUGCACUUUUGGAUGCUUCUUAGUUGAAAACUAAAACUGUUGAUCUUCAAAUUUUAUCAGUAGUUACAGAACAGUUAAAAGAUUUAAAAAAUUAUUGAACAUUGUUCUCAAUAUCAUUCUUCUUAGUAGGAAUAUGUUUUUUAGAGUAAAGCAUUCCAUAGUUUAUAUUAAAUGCUAGAAAAUAGA